GAAAUUCUCACGCAUACCCGUCAUGGCUAGAGGCAGCGGCCCCGCCUCCCGCCCACACAGAGGCGCAAAGCGCGGCCGCGGUUCGGCGCAUUCAAGCAGAGGAGGACGCGGCGGACACCCACGACGACAGGUGCAAGAUGCUGAUGAUCGCAGGCCAGAUAGCGCGGUCGACGAGGAGGAGGAAGGCGAAGCGGAUGGCCCUACCGACGAAUCCGGGGAAGAGGAAGACAGCGGGCCUGAGGUCAGCAUCGAUGUACCCGUGGCCAUGUGGGUGCGUAUGUAUGAAGUGCAACACACAUGUGCGCUGAGUCUGAGGCGCAGGACUUUGACCACUGUGACCCCCGGCGAUGUUCCGGCAAACGACUGGCGAGGUUAGGCCUCAUCAAAGAGCUGAAAGUCGGACAACGGUUUAGGGGGAUUGUGGUGUCCCCUAGAGGGACACAAGUAGUCAGCCCAGCAGACCGCGACAUCGUUCUCCAACAUGGCAUCGCCGUAGUGGAGUGCUCUUGGGCUCGACUGGACGAUGUCCCGUUCGGCAAGAUUGCGAGUCCGCACGAACGGCUAUUGCCGUACCUCGUCGCGGCGAAUCCUGUCAACUAUGGGAAGCCUUGGAGACUCAACUGCGUCGAAGCAAUAGCAGCCGCCUUCUACCUGACCGGAUUCAAGGAGUACGCCGAUCACCUUCUGAGCAAGUUUGGCUGGGGCGAGGCCUUUUGGAAAAUCAAUGAGGUGUAUCUGGAGCAAUACUGUCAAUGUAGCACCGCCGCCGACGUAGCUGCGACGCAAGACCGCAUCAUGCUCGAGCUGGAAGAAAGCUAUCAGCAGUCACGAGAAGAGAGCGCGGCUGGGUACGGAGGUGAUCUUCUCGUGGAGAAUCCAAACCAUUGAGCACAGCCUUGCUGCCCCCGGGUAUUGUCUAUGCCCUCGUGUAAGAUAUAUGAAAGUGUCUCGCAUCCUCUCGCCUCCUGUCUUGUAUUUAUAUCGUUCACAUCGGCGAUCAUCACCGCCUUAGGUUUCGAUGUCUGGCAAGGCUUGAUGUUUACAACGACAGCGAUAACGGUAAGAUUUGACGCAAUCGCAUGUUCCGCCGGCUUCACCCCACUCGCAGCAUAACCGCUCGAGCACCCAACCGCACAACAUCCUUGCCAACAUUGCUUAGGCCUCAGGCCUUUCCUGCCCCUGCCACCCCGCUCACUGCUAAUCGUCUUCUCCGUGUUACGAUACACUCAGGCAGACCCUCGAACCUAUUCGG